AUGAACAAUUGCUCAAUUAUUAUUGCAAUAUGCACCCUAACAUUGAUUGGACUGUUAUUAUUUGUUAAAGAUUCACAUUAUAGUGCUCAAAUAUAUCAAAAUCUUUGUCGAACUCCUAAUAUAACUUCAGAUGGUGUGAAUUAUCGUAAAGAACAAAUUUCAGAUGAGCAUUCAUUUUUACGCGUAAGUCAACAAUAUAGAACAGACAAAGUUACUACUCAUCAUUAUGAAGUACUUUAUGAGAAAUAUAUAAGAAAAUAUGUAGGAUCUAAUUUACAUAUACUCGAAAUUGGACUUGGAUGUGGAAUGGAUUAUGGAGCUGGAGCAUCAGCACAUGUAUGGCGUCAAUAUCUCGGACCACAAGCAAAUAUUUAUUUUCUUGAAUUCAAUCGUGCCUGUGGUGAAGCUUGGCAUAAAGCUCACAACUCGAAGUUGAAUAUCACAAUGUUCUAUGGCAGUCAAGAUGAUGUAGCAGUUUUAAAUAAUAUAACAUCAACAAAAGGUAAAUUUGAUGUUAUUGUUGAUGAUGGUGGUCAUACAAUGAAUCAACAAAUUACUUCGUUUAAUCAUCUACUACCAAAAGUUCAAUCGGGUGGUAUUUAUGUUAUAGAAGAUUUCGGCUUGUCCAAGCGUAACGCUGUUACUGUCGCGUUACGUGGACAAGCCGAUUUACUUACUAGUUAUAUGGACGUAGCAGGUGGUGGUUAUCUUCGAGCUGGAACAGCAAUCGAACUUAUUAAAACAUUAGUUGAUGAUAUUCAAGGUGCUUCACCAAAAAAGGUCACAAAUAUGGGCAGUAAAAUACGUUCAUUUGAAAUCAGCGAUGAAAUAUGCUUUUUUACUGUAAAAUAA